GCAUGAGUAAUACAUGUUCUAACUUCUUACAUGACUUACCUCUCUCAGACGAAAUCAACUUCGUCAAAUAUGCAGAUGACCUGACUGUUUCGCUUCCCGUUAAGUCUCAGUCAGACUGCUUCAAAUUAAAUAGCUUCCUGUCGGACAUCAGUCAGUGGUCUAAAAUAAAUGGCCUAACGCUGAAUCCCUCAAAAUGCCAGACUGUCGACUUCUCCUUUAGGCAUAAACGAGAUCUACAAACACUAGUAAGCACUCAUGAUGUCUGUAGAAUCGAGGGGACUAUAAUUGAAACAAAGUCUAAUGCAAAAUACCUCGGAUUAGUUAUAUCUUCCGACCUUACUUGGUCAUCUCAUAUCCAAAUGAUUUCCAAGAAAGUGUUUCGUCUAACCUACUACAUUAAGAAACUCAGACUAACUGGAGUCCCUCAACCUCUGCUUACACAAUUUGUCAACUCUCGUAUCCUACCUAUUCUACUUUACUGUUCCCCGUUAGUCUUUCCUGGGUUACUGAAAAAGGAUUAUACCAUCCUGAGAAGGAUGUUGAAGGUAGUUAGCAGGACUAGCGGUGUAAAACUCAGUCAGCUCGUCACAACAUUAGUGGAUAAGCAUCUGAAUACAUGUGAGAAAUGGUCUAAAACCAUACUCUCUGACCCCCAACACCCCCUCUAUUCCCAACUCUCUCCCUGCAUCUCAUCAGGUAGAACCAGGAAUCAGUAUAAAAUAAUAUAUGCUCGUACAACCAAGUAUAGGAACUCAACGAUACCAUAUUUGGCCCGUGUUCUAAGUGACAGAGACAAUGUUAGACGUGAAACCUAUGACUUGCUUUGUUGUUAAUAACAUAAUUUUGGCCCUUGUUUUUUUCCCCCUUACACUCUCUUAUUUGUACUCUAUAGUGAACAACCUUCUUAAACAUACUUAGCUGCUUAAAAUUAUUAUCAUUGGCUUACAUUUUUAUUCUUUAUUCUAUUCCUUCUUUGUACAUCUACUGGGUCCGACUAUAUUAUCACUAUGAUUAUUAAAAAUUGUCCCGUCAUUAACCAUCAUGUAACAUUAGUUUUGUGGUUGUUCUUUGUUCGGCACUAUUUAACUGACAAUCUUGUUUGUUAUUGCCACUAUCACCAUCUUAAAAAUUUUGUAUUAUGCAUGAUUCCUCACACUGUCACUACAAACAACCGCAUUAGUACUGACAAAAAAAAAACCUGAAAUGUUUAUCUUAUGAUUGCUUAGUGUUGUUCAAUCAAAUUAACUGAUCAUCUUGGCUAUAAACAUUUUUUUAAGAACAUCUCAUAAUUUCCCGUAUGAUUAUAGCUGUUACUGUUCACCACGCAUACACAUAUCGUAGCUUCCACUAACAAAUACUGAAAUAUUUUUUUUCAUUAUUUGUGUUGAUCUUCUUUUUUUACUCAGUAUUUUUAUUUGCUUUUUUUUUG